AUGGAAGAUGCCGGAAUGGACCACAGCAACCAUUCGCUUUCGACAAAUGGCAAGCCCUCCGAUGUAGAGAUCAAGAACGCCAAGAGAGACGAAGAUAUUCUAUCAACAGAGCAAAUCUUCGAGUGCACCCAAGUCCCUGGAUGGAGAGAGCAGCUGACGUUUAGAGCUUUUGUUGUGAGCUUCAUGUUGGGUAUCAUGUUUAGCAUAAUCGUCAUGAAGCUCAACCUGACGACCGGGGUUGUGCCUUCUCUAAACAUAUCUGCCGGUUUGUUGGGUUUUUUCUUCGUAAAGAUCUGGACCAAGCUUCUAGAGAAAUCGCAUCUGUUGAAGCAGCCGUUUACAAGGCAGGAGAAUACAGUUAUACAGACAUGCGUUGUCGCCAGCUCCGGCAUCGCCUUCAGUGGAGGCUUUGGGAGUUACCUUUUCGGGAUGAGUGAUACAAUUGCAAAACAGUCAACAGAAAAGAACAGUCGAGAGAAUAUCAAGAACCCAGCACUAGGAUGGAUGAUCGGGUUUCUCUUUGUCGUUAGUUUUCUCGGGCUCUUCUCUGUGGUGCCCCUUAGAAAGAUCAUGAUCAUCGACUACAAGCUGAUAUACCCCAGUGGAACUGCAACUGCAAACCUGAUCAAUAGCUUCCACACCCCUCAGGGAGCCAAGCUAGCAAAGAAACAGGUGAAAGCACUUGGCAAGUUCUUGUCCUUCAGCUUCAUGUGGGGUUUUUUUCAGUGGUUUUUCAGGGCAGAAGAUUCCUGUGGAUUUGCAUCUUUCCCUACAUUCGGUCUUGAAGCCUACAAAAACAGAUUCUACUUCGACUUCUCGGCUUCCUAUGUUGGCAUUGGGAUGAUCUGCCCUUACAUUGUUAACAUCUCUUUGCUGAUUGGCGCUAUUCUGUCAUGGGGAAUUUUGUGGCCCCUCAUAGGCACUAAAAAGGGUGAUUGGUACAGUGCGAAACUCGAGCCUAGCAGCCUUCACGGCCUUCAAGGCUACAAGGUCUUCAUCGCCAUUGCCAUGAUCCUAGGCGAUGGCCUCUACAACUUCUUCAAGGUCAUGAGCAUAACAACCUCCUCCUUUCUUCAAAAACUGCAUGAGAAAGACACUAACAUAAUUCCCGUGGUCAACCAACUCUCUCCCACCAACCCAUCCCUAUCCUACGACGAUCAUCGCCGGACUGAACUCUUUCUAAAAGACCAAAUCCCAACAUGGGCAGCAGUUGGGUGCUACAUCGCUAUUGCUGCCAUUUCAAUUGCCACCUUACCACACAUCUUUCCCCAACUCAAGUGGUACUACGUCUUAGUUGUUUACAUCUUUGCCCCGGUCCUAGCCUUCUGUAACGCCUAUGGUGCCGGACUCACUGACUGGUCCCUUGCUUCCACCUAUGGAAAGCUGGCCAUCUUCACCAUCGGUGCAUGGGCUGGAGCUUCUCAUGGUGGGGUGCUUGCAGGGCUUGCCGCAUGCGGUGUCAUGUUAAGUAUUGUCCAGACAGCUGCAGAUCUCAUGGGGGACUUCAAGACGGGCUACUUAACACUAGCUUCACCUCGGUCCAUGUUUGUCAGCCAAGUAAUCGGAACCGCAAUGGGCUGUGUCAUUGCUCCUUGUGUCUUCUGGCUAUUUUACAAAGCCUUUGAUGGCAUCGGCACUCUUGGAUCAGAAUACCCCGCCCCUUAUGCAAUCAUCUACCGUAACACAGCAAUACUCGGUGUUGAGGGUUUCUCAUCCCUGCCAAGGAACUGCCUCACUCUCUGCUAUGUGUUUUUUGCUGGCGCUAUUCUCAUCAACUUAGUGAGAGAUGUCGUUGGGAAAAAGGUGGCAACUUGUAUCCCUAUCCCGGCAGCGGCGGCAAAGAUGGCGAGGUUAAUUCCACUCCCGAUGGCAAUGGCAAUUCCAUUCUAUAUCGGGCCAUACUUUGCUAUCGAUAUGUGUGUGGGAAGCUUGAUAUUGUUCGUAUGGCAGAAGACAAACCAGGCCAAGGCGGACGCAUUUGCGCCUGCAGUGGCAUCUGGUUUGAUUUGCGGUGACGGGAUAUGGACUUUGCCACAGUCGGUGCUUGCUUUGGCCAAGGUGAACCCACCCAUCUGCAUGAAAUUCCUAUCAAGAAAAAUGAACAUGAAAGUGGACGAGUUUCUUAGCUAAGCUAUCUUAAUAGCAGAAGCCAGUCAGCAUGUGUUUCUACCAUAAAUAUUCCAUUGUGUGUACAAAAGUUAAGCCCAUGCAGUAAUGUUGAGAACUCAAACUCAGCAUUCAAUCCAAUAGCCCCAUAUAGAAAUUAAAGUUAUUUGACAUAUUAUCACUUAGUGA